GACUUUAUCAUAUACAGUAUACCUUGUUUUAGUGGGUUCGUUCUUGGAACCUAAGUAUAUUAUACCUGAAUCCCCUACCAUUUAAAAGCCAAUUUAUAAACAGGGACUUGGAGUGUGACUCCACUAAUGUGUGUCUGUGAUCUUAGUUAGAAACCUACUUGGCUGCCUUUCAGCAAGAGGUGCAGAAUGGGGGAAGGGAGCUGCCAGUAAGUGAUUGAUAAGGUUUCCUUUAUGGAUUCUGUGUUGCUUCACUGGAGCUCAGAGCACUUUGGCAACUUAAGCACUCCAAAUUAAAAGCUCAUUAACAAUUCCUGCCCAAAGAUCCUGUAAAUAAUCAGCUAGCUAGGUCAUAGAGCUUGCCUAAGAGUGCCUCCUCCAACUUGAAAUUUCUAAAUAAAAGUGCUUAUAUUCCCUUUCAUUUUGAAAAGUGUUUUCUCUGUGGUGGGGUAAGUUAGUGAGUGGCCUUUUCCCGGAGGACCUGAGUAGAAUGAAGUCUUAAAUGUGUAUAAUGGUAGACAGGAAUGUAUUGGUUCCACUUGUGCUUCUUUGUGUAAAGGACAUCACUAGCUUAUAGGAUCAUCAUGCAACUUCUGGUUCUUUGGAAAAUCUGAAUUAGGUGAUAAAUAGGAUAGGUGUCCAUUGAUGGUUUGAGUUGGGGUUUGGUUACUUUGACUUUCUUAGAACUUGAAGCAGAAUUGGAAAUAUCCUGAAAGUGUUUCCUGGUAUUUGUGGCCAUUUGCAAUAUGGCCUGUGGGUUUGUGGCAACUAACCCCUGCCUCAGUCCUAACCUAGCCUUAGUUCCUGAGUUUGGAAUAUUGUCAGCCUUACUAGUAUCUCCUUGUCUAGAUAGGAUUCUGAAAUUAUCUAGUGAGCCACCACUUCAUGUCCAUCUUUCUCAGCCCAGGCUCAGACAUUGUAAAUAUUUGAUGUUUCUAGGAAGUAAGUCUCCUUACCAAGAAAAGGAUAUUACUAGAGAACAUGAAAUCCAUCAUUCCAAAAACAAAUAUGGUACUAAUAGCUUCUGGAAGUUCUGUAGGAAACUGUUUUUCUACAUAGAUAGCUGUUAUCCCAAAGUUUUGAGUUUAGGAAUUUGAGGUGAAGUAUGAUCCUUAGUGGGGAUUUGAUCCUUUGUGUUGAAAUAGACUUGUUGCAGAGAUGUGUGUUUGUCCACAGCAUUGGGGCUUUCCAGCUCUCACAGAACCUUCAGCAUCCCCAGCUGCCAGUCUUGGCAUCUUCGAAGUAAGGAGAGUUUUAGAUGCUUCUGGAUGUUCAAUGCUAGCACCUUUACAGACUGGAGCAGCUCGAUUUUCUUCGUAUUUACUUUCAAGAGCGAGAAAAGUGCUGGGCUCCCACUUAUUUUCUCCUUGUGGUGUUCCGGAGUUCUGCUCCAUAUCCACCAGAAAGCUGGCGGCCCACGGCUUUGGCGCAUCCAUGGCGGCAAUGGUGUCCUUUCCUCCCCAGAGGUAUCACUACUUUUUAGUGCUGGACUUUGAGGCCACGUGUGACAAGCCACAGAUUCAUCCUCAGGAAAUCAUCGAGUUCCCCAUCCUGAAACUAAAUGGCCGGACCAUGGAGAUUGAGUCCACCUUUCACAUGUAUGUCCAGCCUGUAGUUCAUCCACAGCUUACCCCCUUCUGUACAGAGCUCACCGGGAUUAUUCAAGCCAUGGUGGAUGGUCAGCCAAGCCUGGAGCAAGUGCUGGAGAGGGUCCAUGAGUGGAUGGCGAAGGAAGGCCUUUUAGAUCCAAACGUCAAGUCAAUUUUUGUCACCUGUGGAGACUGGGACUUAAAAGUCAUGCUUCCAGGCCAGUGCCAGUACUUGGGUUUGCCAGUGGCGGAUUACUUCAAGCAGUGGAUUAAUCUGAAAAAGGCUUACAGCUUCGCCAUGGGCUGCUGGCCCAAGAAUGGACUUCUAGACAUGAACAAGGGUCUCAGCCUGCAACACAUAGGCCGGCCCCACAGCGGCAUUGAUGACUGCAAGAACAUCGCCAACAUCAUGAAGACACUCGCAUAUCGAGGCUUCAUCUUCAAGCAGACGUCGAAGCCGUUCUGAUUGGCCGAGGACGGGAUGGGGCAGGACAGGGUAGCUGCUUGGCCCAGCCCAGAAUCAUCCUCUCCCUCACCAGAGGGGAAAAGGGAGAGUGGCACAGUCCUGCGCCCAGAGUGUCCCCCAGCUGCCCUGUAGGCUUGUGCCCUGGGUAAGCACUUGGCCGCUUGGCCUCUCUGGAGCAGACACUUUGUGCCCACCCCCACCCCCAUCCCUCAGUCUCAGCCCAGUAUUAGCCCUUCCCAUUGUGGGCCUGGGCUGGGGGACCCAGGCACUCGCCGCCGCCUCCUCCCUGGCACACAGGCUACUGCUGGGGCCACCAAGCUUCCCUGUCCCCCUUCCCAUCAUAGUGCAUGGUGUGUGGUGCCCCCAGGGCUCCAGGACAGAUCAGGCCCCACCUUGUGUCUACCCCCAUCCCCGCUGUGAACGUGCCACUGAAUAAAGUCGGGGAAACAAGG